AUGUUUUCUUCUUCUCUGGUCUCAUGGUUACAAGGUAGCUGACGUCUUGUGUAGGCCUACCUACACCUUUUCGAUUAUUUUCUAUUCUAUUCUAGGUAUACCAUUUUAUCAAGUUACGUAAACAUGUUAUUGUUUUGAUUACUUAAAAAUAAAACAUUGUAUUGGAUUCUAUUUCAAGACUCUAUAUAUUAAAUAUAUUCACGAUUUCAGUAACCUAUGUUUGCCCCUCUGGAUUAUUGAAACAUGUCACACUCCCACCAUGCAAGAUAUAACAUUUUUCAUCUCAGUCUUCUCAUUAACUUCUAGAGUGGCAGGAAGAGAGGUUACGGAGCGGUCAGUAUGGUAAUGGCGAGGCAGGCGAGCACAAGAAAUCGUUGGGGACAAAAUAAACGUAUAUUUCAUCUGUGCUGUCACGCGGUCGCUCGCUUUUUACCCGAAGUGCACGUGUUUUGCCUGAAUAAUCAUAGUUUAGAGAAGUUACCUCAAAGGCAGGGUUUUGAUUGAAUCUGAUAGAGAAAAACAUAUUAGGCAGGAGACUCUAUUCGUGUGUGUGUGCUUGUACGUGUACGUGUGUGAGAGCGAUAGAGGGAGAGAGAGAGAGGUUUUCACCUAACCGAAUUCUUCCAGUUGGAGCUCUUCUUCUCAGGCUGCAAUGGAAAAGACUCAUUAGUUGUCUAUAUGUACCCUGUAGAACCGAAUUUGUGUUAAUAGAUAACAAUCGCAAGUACGUCUCUACAGGAAUACAUGGGCUACUGAAAUCCCACGUAUGUCAAGAUAAUCGCCUGGUCAACCCUCGCCUCUAUCCAGUAGGUUAUAGCUGCAUGCAGUGUUAGCUGGAAUAAUAGGGCACGAAUAGCAGACAUCUCAGAAGAAGUCUGUGUGCAGCAUACACAGUAUCUGUUCAACCUCCACAUAAGUAGCCUAGGCAUUGUCAGGACGUCCAUAGGUCUAUAUUGGGUACAGUAGGCUAUCUGGAAGCAAAGGGCUACUACGAGUAGUCGGCCCGUACCAGUAAACAUGUUAAAAACCAGCCAUCGUUUAAAGCGGACUGAUUUACUGCGUUUUAUAGCCCUAUAAAACGCCUCAAACAUCGCUGCCAAAAGUAAUUGAAAUGGCGGGCGCGGUCUACACAUAAACAAACCAUAAACAUCUUCCCUGUUAUGUCAUUUUCACCUGCUCAUAUAAGACGUAUUAUAACCCGUGUUAAUAUAAUCGUAUUAUAAUCCAUCCCUAGUAUGUACUAGGCCCUGCAUGUAUAAUAUAUUUAUUUUAUUUCAAUAUUGAAUAUGAUCAUUAUUAACUCCAUUGACUCACAAAGGUCCCAUUGAUUAUGUAGGUCUACUGUCCUGUGGUUUGUGGUGUCGUGCAUAAUUGAAGGCAUGGAAUGACAGCCACUGACAAACUUAGCCAGCAGUUAAUGACAGUAUAAUAGUACCUGUAACGCGUCUGUGGCAACGGAUAGUUUACCAGACAUCAUUGACAGCUUAUCUGCAAUGAUUUACUGUGCUGAACACAACAGUGGAUAGAGUUUGUAAUGGACUUACUCCCCCAUCUAGGUCUAACAUCAAAUGAAUAACCGUACACGUGCACUUAGACAACCACUAGUUUUGAUGGAGAUAAACUUACGAUUGGACAAAACGGCCCUACGAGUCCUUUCAUGGCACGUAAAGCUGUUUUCAUCAACAUUGCAGCCUUAUAAAGAUUUGUAUUCAAAUGCAUACGUCUCUAAACAUGAAGAGAGAGACAGAGACCUCAAUGCAAUAUCCAAUAAUGACAGUGAUAUAAACAUUAGAGAUAUACCAUCGUUAAAGAAUAUUUGCCUUCCCUUGUGUCCAUUGCACAAGAUAGCAAAGUAGGCCUAUUUGACAACUAUGAAUGCAUUUGAAAAGUAUUAGUUCAUUUGAAAAGUAUUAAUGCAUUUGACAAGUAUUAAUGCAUUUGAAAAGUAUUUGGAAUGCUAUGUUUGAAAAGUCUUUCAGAAUAUUUACGAAGUAAAGUAUUGCCACAGUUUUGAAAGUUCUCAAAUGCAAAGCAAAAUACUUAUUGUGUGGUUACUUCACUGAUACGGUGCCCAUUUGGUGUCCACAUUCUUCUCAUAUGAGCCAAGCUCAAUAUGAGCCAAGCUAGUUUAAAAAAAAAUGCAUAAUUCGAACUGCUAUGUGAAAGCGAAUUUUACGCUUGUUUUUAAAAAAAAAUCGAUUUAGGAUUUGGCCAACAUUUCGUGUUGGAUUAUUUUAUAUUUGAGAAGGCAGCAUCAGAAUAUUCUUAGAGUGGGCCACAGGCCAACUUUCUGUGAUUUAGGCAGGCCUAGUCAUUCUACUGUCUUAUUGGUUAUUAUUAUUACUAUUAACAGGCUAUUUCUACCUCUGAAAAAAUGAUUAUAAUAAUAGAACAAUAACGACACUGUGUAAUUCACAUAAGAAGUGUUUGUGUUGCAAUUUUUGCUGCAAUAUCAAUGGCCUUGGUAACACAACAAGGGAGUGGGAGAGAGAGAGAGAAAUUAAAAUUGAAUUGAAGGAGAGAGAAAUUGAAUUGAAUUUAGAGAGAGAGAGAGAGAGAGAGAGAGAGAGAGAGAGAUUACGCACACAAUGGCGACCGAAGGUAUGUUUCAAAACCUUUGGUUCCUUAUCCGGGGACUAGCUCUGACUCUGCCAUUGGGCCGUGGGGUCACGUGGUAAAACUAACUUUACAGGGCUGCUCGCAAGUAGGAGGGCUAUAUGGAGCAGAAAAACGACAAAGCUAGAAAAAUAAAUUUCCACUGCAGAAAUUAAUGAUCAUGAGCUCGUAUUUGAUGGACUCUACCUACAUUGAUCCGAAAUUUCCUCCAUGCGAGGAAUAUUCACAAAACAGCUACAUCCCCGAGCACAGCCCCGAAUAUUACAGCCGCGCCAGGAACCCUGGCUCUGGCUACCAGCAUCACCAUCAGGAGUUAUACCCUCCGCGGGCGAGCUACCAAGAGCGCCAAUAUAAUUGUGCAAGCAUCCCUGAACCUGACACGCAAAGGGGACAUGGACUACCCCAUUCUGCGCACCUGCUUGCAGGGAAAGGGCAGCCAGCCUCAUGUGAGACCCCACAGUUACCCAUGUCCCCCUCCACUCCACCAGCUGCAUCCUCCGCCUGCAACCAAGCUACACCGGAGCACCCAAACAGCUCAGCCUCCUCCAAGCAGCCCGUGGUAUACCCAUGGAUGAAGAAAAUUCACGUCAGCACCGCGAACCCGAAUUACAAUGGACCGGAUUCCAAGCGGUCUAGGACAGCUUACACUCGACAGCAGGUCUUAGAAUUGGAGAAGGAAUUCCACUAUAAUCGCUAUUUAACUCGGCGGAGGCGCAUCGAGAUAGCCCAUACCUUGGUUCUCUCCGAACGACAAAUCAAGAUUUGGUUUCAGAACCGCAGGAUGAAGUGGAAAAAAGACCAUAGGCUUCCUAACACCAAAGUGAGAUCCUCCACCACGGGCAUAUCCUCCGGGUCCAACACAACCUCAUCAGCCGGCGUUGUCGCCACUUCCUCGGCCACUGGUAGCAUUACUCCCGAUGAACUGUCCGGAGUAGAGGAUGGCGAGGAUAUUACAAGGUUAUAAGGCGAAGAGAAAACCACUUCAAGAAGGGGGAUAGAGAAUGACUAAUUAUUUAUAGUAUAUUAUAUAUUUUGUUUUCGUAGGUAUUUGUGCGGUUUCAUUUAAAUCCAAAGUUAUAUAAAAUGCAUGUUAUAUAGCAUGGAUUUAUACGAAUACUGAUGGGUUAUUUUUACGUGACACAGGGUUUAAGUUAUUUAAUGCUGGAUCAAGAUGAUGCUUUUUUAUCAGAAAAAUGUUUUGAAUGAAGGAAAAUAAUGUACAUUUUAUCUAAAUGUUAUUGUGAGCCAUUUGUUUGCCCUACGGCCCAAGUUGAAAUGCACAAUCUAUUUAUUUCAAGCUCAACACUGGAAGAAUAUCAUUAUUAGGCAAUCAUAGUUAUUUUUGGUAAAAAUGCUGGAACGUACCGAUGGAACAUUGAUCUUGAACGCAUAUGUUUAGGAUUAUAACAAGGUGAAUUAGCUCCUUGCUUUCAAAGACAGGAUUUUUAAUUACAAUCUAGUUUGUGGUGUGUUUAGCAGAUUAUUGUGAAAUGCAAUACACAGAGUUUAGUGUAUUUGUGAUAAUCAUAUUGGUCAAUAAAACAGUGAGUGUACUAGUUUUAUGCACGUAUGGGUCGAUUCAUUCAUGGCCAACAGAGUGCCUAUUGUUUUGGUGACUGUGGCUAUUGAUGUGGUGGCCGUUAUAUAAAAAUAGUAUAGUCACAAUUUACCAAGUUCUUUAUUGAUGGUUCAGCCUAACAAUGCAUUAUUUGUUUGGCAAUGUUUAGUUUUAAAUUGUUUAGCCUAUGCAAAACAUGAUACUGACGAUUUCAAAUGUUCCUUUAGAAUCGUUCUCGAGGUAGGCACGCGUAUACAGAUCCACCGUUCAUAUUCCCCCCUAAUCCAAUAAUAAUCCAUAAUUCUACUCCAAAUAAAGGGUUAUAGCCUGGCUGCAUGCAUCAUAUUAUCCUCCAUGUAGCUCAUUAGUCUCAAGGACAUUCAAUUAACUUGGCAAGCCAUUCAACCAGGCCCUCAACCAUGCCACCUCAGAUUAUAGUGACUGGCUGGAGCCCUGCUUCCUGCUCAUUACUGAACAUAUAGCUCUGCACAUACCUUUCGGAAAUCAAUUUCAUAUUGCCAAAAUAUGACAGAUAAUCAGUUGUGUUGAUGGUAUAUGGGUUCCUAUUUAUUUAUUGUUUUGCCCCAAUUGCAGGUUGAUUCUGGAAGGUCUAAGGCCUUGAAGGACUAUAUCGUGGACUAUACAUGAGAAUAUAGCCUCCAAAAUAUUGUAUUCGGAUUAUAUCUACCAGCAAGACCUGUUGGCUCUUAAAAAUAUGCAUCCAGAUGAUGAAGAUGACCUUGUAUAAAACAAUAGUUUGGAUAAUAGUGUUUUAUAUGCAUGCACGUAGGCCUUCUCAAUAUGCAAUCAUUUGGACCCUAUAUACAAUGGAAUGUUAGUUGUAAGUUUGAGAUGUUUACCAAAUUGUCAUUCGUAUAAUAGUCUAUGUUUGUUGCGCCCUGAUACCUCCCCCGUCAAAGUGAAGAAUAUGCUUUUAAAAAGUGGCGCUUGAGGCAACGUCAUCGUCACCUCUGCUCUUGGUAAGUAUAGCCUAUACUGCUCAAGCAUCGUGGGGGGGGGUUCUAUAGGCCUAUGGCAAUGUUGUGGACGUGUUGUCACCAUGCAACUGUAAUAAUACAUAGCAUAGUCAUAUUGCGCCUUUGAUCUUAUGUAGGCCCUAGCCACGAAACAGGACGUCCAAUUAACAGUUCUCCUAAACGAAUUUCAUUGUUUUUCUUAUUCUGCUCAAAAUGUUGUGCAAAAACAUGCAAUGUUUGAAAAGAGCGCAAUAGUUUGAUAGAUUAUUUAAACUGUGUGACUUGAAUAGAAAUGUUAAAACGGCUUGCUAGGUGGGGGGGCAAAGAGCACAAAGGGGAGAGGUAUUCUAAACCAUCAAUCUUAGCGCCGCAGAGUAAAGAAUUAUUUGGGCCUGAAUAUAUUAAUUUGGCAACAGCCUCUCUCAGAAAUAAACCCAAAUCGCUAACUAGUAAUUUUACGAAAUAAAACUAUCAGGGCCAAAAAGGAAACUUAACACCGUGACUUAGACAUGACUUUGGAAUGGCAGUUUGAACGCCUGUAAAUCCCUAAAACAUGCAGAAUUCCGGUAGCCUUUAUAUAGCUGCCUGGACAAUUGAUAUAAAUGAAUGUGUAGCUUCACCAAAGUCUCACCAUCCCUCCAAUCUCUUUCUAGAUCCUGUCGCCUCCAUGUAGCGAGGCUGAAAAGGUACUUUACUGAAGUUUGGGAUCAACCGCGAGAAGGCCGAGUUCAGUCGGAGGGCACAUUUUCUGUCCCAUUAGGUCCGUUUCAGCCGGGAUGGCCGACCUUUGCAACCCCCGGUGAUCUGACUGGGUCUCUAUACUUGUACCUUCUGUGUGUGCCCUGGUAGGUCGUCCCCGGUCCUUGCGUGGCCUCGUCAGGGCUCUGGACUUUCUUUGUGUGUUUUUCUACUUGAGGGGCCGGUAGAAAGGCACCUCUGAAUGUGUUGCUCUUUUGUUGCUCUCAGUGGUGACCCGAGAGUGCGGUGAACUGUCGGUCACUUCUCUUCCAUUGUGCGCCCUGUAGGACCUAGACCCUUUGUAGGACAUCCUACAAAUUUGAGGGACUUCCAAGCGGUUACUUCGGAGCUUAUGAUCCGUCUGCAUGUUAAGAAGAAAUAAACGCGUAUUGCUAUGCUGCCUGAAGAAUCGGAGCGGGUUCCUCGGGCGCCAUUAAGUUCCUUUCAGACUAUUGGAGGCGACUACUGGAGGAUAGCUGCACGUGACUUCACGGUUUAUCCAUCUGGUUAUAUUCAAUACAGUCUUACAUCUUAUUCAAAGUCAUUUCAGUUUGGUGUAAAGCUAUAUAUUUAUCAUGCGAAAGUGCAUUCCCUCCCAACUUUCAGGUCAUAUCCAUAGUUUUAUUUAUCAGAGUAAAUUUGAAGUGCAUCCUGCUAUAUCUGUGGACCACCACCAAUCCCCCAUAUGUCAUCUACAGAGCUACUACAACACUGCAGCCGAACCGGAUGGAUAUGGCACUGGACACAGCAGAGGCCACGCACCACAAUUCAGAGAGAACCCACUCCCUCGUCCUACUGUCACCUCUUCUGCUUGUGUCAGCUGCACUCUGUACCCGUCUGACCCGUUCUGAGGCACCCAUGACCCGGUGGAUACCCGCCAUGGUAAGGCAAAGCUCUCUUCAGAGGAAAGAGGUGCAUUCCAUCGACCCCUUUGCCUCUCACCAAGACAUCUCUUCCCCUGGAUGACAGAAACUCUGCAAAAAUGCAUUUUCAGAAUGUGGAGGGGAGUUAGGCCCCUGGUUUGAUCAACUCUUUAUCAUUUAUGUUAGUUCACAACUGUAUUACAUACAAUACUUUCCUCCUAGGUAGGUCGGAUAUCCAGGGGUAAACUGGGACUAAAACCCUGCACACAAUAAUAACAGGACUGUUGUAGCACGUGACACCGAAGGUGGGUGUUUCCAGCGGUGGUCUCAGUCUUUAAGUGAUGAGUUGAGUUGGCACGGCCAUGUGUAGAUUCUAUUCAUGCACGUGUCAGAUAUUUCCCCUCCUAGACUUUGUCUUUAGAAGGGGGGAAGAUGUAACACAACAUGUAACUAUCCCUUGUUAUGUCUCAGACACUUGCAGUACAGCAUUACUAUGAAAUGUUCAUUUUGUCAUUUCCCCACGGGAUUCAGUGUGCUGUCAUAACGAGGCUGGUGGUCUCCUAAGUAGAGGAAGAGAUGGAAAAAGAUACAGAGAUGGAGGGAGAGAGGGAGGGAGGCGAGAGCAAGAGCAAGAGCGUUCACCAGCACCCAGCUAGUGUUGCUAGAGAAGUAGUUCCACUUCAGGCCUUACCUGUGUCCACCCUGCAGGCUGGAGAUGGCUGCAGGCCUGAGGCUCACCGAUCGGCAGGAUCUGGUUCCAGAACCGACGCAUGAAACACAAGAAGGACCAUAAGGAGGACAGUGUCAUAGAGACUGAGACGCCAAACCAUCCUUCUCUACCACCACACACGUCGUCCUCCCUCAGCCCAAGGCUCUCUAUUGGUGUUGGGUACUCAGUUCUUGUCUGGUGAGAGCGCCUAGAUCUCCAACCCUCCUCUUCAUAGAUUAUGAUCGGACCCCUGCUCUGGUUGGUUUUAACAGUAGAAAUGACAGUGAAUGUCUUUGUGUUUCCUCCACGGACCUUCCCCAUCUCACCACCAUACCUGCACCUGUCUCUUACUGUUGUAGACAGCAGUUGUUUGUCCACAGGUCUCUCAGAACCUUCCUCAGGGCACAAUGAUGCACACCUAUCCUCUUAUGACAUCAGUGCACACUUCCAACGUCACGGCUGCCCCCUAGAAGCUCCUACUCACCUGUGAGACUAGACCGCAACCCUAACACUUAGAUUGUGAGUCGAAGGGCUCAAGUCAAUCAAACCAGCAUUGUAGACGUUACCUUUCAUUCAACGUUUUGAUAGCGGCUUCCUGAACAAGGCAUAAUUAUUACCUGUAGGGUAUCCUGAGUAUCCCUGGGACUAGGUUUCUAUUCCAAAGGAACAACUACUGCCCCCUCUGUUGCUAUUCCAUUAUACCUUGUGGCAGAUGUAACGCAUGAUGUACUGUACAUAGCAUACCAGUCAUCUUUUGGUUCUGCUGGUAUUACUGUACUGUUUUGCAUGAUGAAUGCAUGUUUUGAACACAUUAUUCAUUUAGUAUUUUCAUGUGUCAGAUAAUUGACUUGUGGUUGUCAUCUCUGUAAAUCGUAGAGAAAAUCAUAUGACUUUGCUAUAGUUGUAAGACGUUAUGUUCUGAUCGUGUAAGUAACAUCAUUUACUAGUCAUCAGUUUAGUAUUUUCCAGACCUCCUGUGUGAAAUACGUGUGGUUGUUGUAUCUGUAGAUCAGAGGGACAGGAAUUUGACUUUGGCUGUAGGUGUCAUGUGUUAGGUCUUGUUUCAUGUGUUCUUAUCAUGUUCAUAGCUGUUCAUAUGUGUAAGUUGUUUAGGCUAAGUGUGAAAACAGAAGCAAACAUAUGUUCAUACUGAAUGAAGUUCUAUUUUUGUUAUGUAUGUAUUUGCGUAAACUAAAAUAUGUUUUUGAUACUGUUCUUGAUUAUUUGAGAUGUUUAAUAAAUGCAUUUGUGUAAAAUCAA